AUGGUUUGGACUGGAGUACAUCGAGGCUUUGCCGUGCGGGCAUAUUUAGAAAACAAUCAGUCUGUGAUUGCGAUGCAAAGAGCUUUUCGGCGACGGUUCAACAUUCCGUCACACAACGCCAUUCCUAAUGUGAACACAAUUCAGUCAUGGGUUAGACGGUUGGAGGAAACUGGUAACUACGCUUAGAAGAGGUACACAUGGCCAAUGCAAGUCCAUAAGAACACCGGAAAAUGUGCAAUUGGUGAGAGCAGCAGCGGAGCAGUCAAGAAGGACGUUCUGCUCAAAGGCACGCUGUUGCUUUGGGAAUGUCAGACCGCAGUCUGAGGAGGAUUCUUCAUUUAUAUUUGCAGUUUCCUCUUUACAAGAUGAUGUUCGCUCAGGAAUUGAGUGUAGCAGAUAACGCCAACCACAGAAAUCUGUGUGAUCAAAUGCUUGCACAGAUCCCUCCCGGAGAAGCUUUCUUCAGUAGCGACGAGGCACAUUUUCAUCUCAGUGGAGCUGUGAAUAAGCAAAAUUUCCGCUAUUGGGCUCAAAAUAACCCCCAAAUCAUUCAUGAAAGACCGCUACAUUCCCCUAAACUAACGGUGUGGUGUGCUGUAUCAAUGAUGGAAAAUUUUCUGCAGCCCAGAAUGGAAGAGAUUGUUGAAGAAGGGGGAGUUCUGGUUCUAACAGGAUGUUCAAACAUCGCCCUCACACCUUACCAGAGCUAA